GGGAUAAACGUAAGCGGGCGUGUUUCGCCGACAUGCUCGGCGCGCAAUGACAGCGGCGAAGAAUGUUCGUUACUCUCGGCACUCGCCUUGGCCUACAACGCCGGGCGUUGAAGGCGCAGCACCUGAUGUCGUCUACAACGGUGUCCUUCUGCGCACAUUUACGUCGAUGCAUUAUGGAAGUUUUCUCGAGUCGUGGCAUCUGACGGGUCUCGUUCAUCGUUGUUGUAAAUUUUUUCUGUGCGAGGCUCUCGAGAGGGGAGGUUUCGGGAAGGAGGGGGGGGAGAGGGUGGGGGGGGGGCAAGGGGGGGGGAAGAGAGAGAGAGGAAGGGUAAGGGAAACAAAGAUGAAACGGAACACACAGGAGGGACGACGUCGCCGUGGGCAAGGGCUGUGAUGGCUUCCGCAGAGGCGCACGCCGAUCUGACAUGAUUUACCGUGAAAGGCGUUGCGUGCUUCAGCUGAGAGGCGCGGGCGGCAGUCGUCGUGGGACAAGAUGGGGGUAUUCGACGUGGAGCCACUGGGAAAAAGAUGAGGGUAAUCAUGCGGUGUCGUCUAAAUGGGUCGAAGCUGAAGCUGCGCGUUGGAAUAAGGACACGUCACUUCAUUUGCCGACGCGCUUCGUGAUUGGCGACCAGACAGAUGUGUCGACGCGCUUCGUGAUUGGACCGGCUGUGUGGGAGAGCAAGGAUGAUACACGAAUAGACCGAGAAACUGGUGUCUGUGCUUGAUUGCAUCUUCCACACGCAGCUGUAACCCUGUCCAAGGAGCGGGGACAGAGGAAGCGGUUUGGUCGUGGAAGUGAUAGGUGUUGAUGGAUUGACGAUUUAGUUGAUUGGUUGGUUUUGAUUGGUAGUUUGGUCGAUUCGUUGAUCGGUUUGUCGGUUGAUGGUACUUAGUUCAACAUCGAUGAUGAGAUAGCGUGCCAAUGCAAAGGAACUUGAUGAUUAACUUUUUUACCUCAAAGUUGUACUCGUGAACGAUAGCUAGAUUGCUGUGGUCCAGUGUUUAUUUCGCCGUAAUUCGGUUUGCUCGUAUGAUUCUCUCUACUGUCAUCAAUUUCUGUAGUGUCGUCAAUGUUUGUAGUGUCAUCAAUCUCUGUAGUGUCAUCAAGCUCCGUAGUGUCAUUAAUCUCUGUACCCGUGUUUAUUUCGCCGUAAUUCGGAUUGCUCAUCAAUUUCUGUAGUGUCAUCAAUCUCUGUAGUGUCAUCAAGCUCCGUAGUGUCAUCAAUCUCUGUACCCGUGUUUAUUUCGCCGUAAUUCGGUUUGCUCGUAUGAUUCUCUGUACUGUCAUCAAUCUCUGUAGUGUCAUCAAAGGGGAGGUGUACGCUGCGCGGGUGUCAUGCGGGAUGACGAGA